AAUAGAGCCGCUGUCAAUAAAAAGCGCAAGUUCUGAUCAAAAUCGCUCAGUGUCAAGGUUGCCAGAGAAAAUAUGGUCCGGCCUGAGGUAACAGUAGACCAAGGGACGCUUCGUGGUUCCGUAGGGACAGACUUGCGAGGGGAUAGUUUUUUUAAGUUUCAAGGGAUUCCGUACGCCAAACCGCCGCUCGGUGAACUAAGAUUCAAGGCACCGGUUGCUCCAGAUCCAUGGACUGGAACCCUGGACGCAACUAAAGAGGGAGAGGUUUGCUACCACAGAGACCCUUUUAAACCCGGAGGACCCUCGGGAAGCGAAAACUGUCUAUUUUUGAACGUCUACACCAAAAAGCUUCCAGGUGUUGGCAACCACAAACCGCGCCCAGUGCUCUUCUGGGUACACGGAGGGGGUUUCUUUUUCGGGUCAGGAAACGAAGAUCUAUACGGACCUGAUUUUCUGAUAACCGAAGACAUAGUUCUAGUCACUUUUAAUUACCGUCUAGGAAUAUUAGGUUUUGUCAAUUUCGAAGACCCUUCGUUGGGAAUACCUGGAAAUGCAGGUUUUAAAGAUCAAGUGAUGGCUUUGAAGUGGGUCCAGAAGAAUAUUAGCAAGUUUGGUGGCGACCCACACAAUGUGACCAUCUUUGGUGAAAGCGCGGGUGGUGCUUCCACCCAUUUGUUGGUACUGUCACCCAUGACGAAAGGUCUUUUUCACAAAGCGAUUGCCCAAAGUGGGUGCGCUCUUAACCCAUGGCCGCGAGGGACCAGAGGUUGCAAGCAUCUAGCCCCAUCUAUGGGACUCGAAGGUGCCACCGAAAAGACGAUUUAUGACACUUUGAUGACGAAAUCGGUCGAAGAGAUUUUUGAAAUUCAACACGAUUUGAUGAAGAGGUCGGGACCUUGUGAACACAGACCUUUGGGUUACGUAAUUGAACGCAGUUGUCCCGAAGCUUUCAUAGAUGACGAACCAAUGAAACUUAUUUCGUCUGGUAGAUUCAACCAAGUGCCUUUUAUGCUGGGUUUCACGACAGCGGAAGGCAUGCUUUUUGAUCUUUUUUUCAAAGAACUGGGUGAUAUUAGAGAAAUAGUUCCGUGGUCGUUUGGGUAUGAGGCGGACGCUCCCGAAACCGAUUUAGUGGCGCAUCGAAUUCAGGAGUUCUAUUUUGGUGAUGAAGAAUACUCUUCGAAAAUUGUCAGCAAGAAAUACGACAUGUUUUCUGACUGUCAUUUUAUUUAUGGGAUUUGUACGACUGCGCUGGCUCACGCUUCGGUUUCGAAAACCCCAACCUACUUGUAUCGAGUGUCAAUUGAAACCGAACUAAAUUUUUUGAAGAAAUUUUUGAAAAUUCAAGUACCUGGAGUUUCUCAUCUCGAUGAUGUUGGUUACUUGUUUAAAAACAUUACCACUCCAGAGAUAGUACCUAAUAGUAUCGAAGACACUUCUGUUAGAAGAUUCGUAAAAUUGUGGACCAAUUUCGCUAAAAUUGGAAACCCAAUCCCUGGCCAAAACGACCCUUUGUUGCCCACGGUCUGGAAACCUGUCACUAAUGAGAAUCUGGAUUUCUUAGACAUCGGCAGAGAUUUAGUACCAAGGAGAAAUCCGUACCCUGACAGAAUGAAGUUUUGGAAGCAACUAUUCGCCGAGAGUCCAGCUGGACAGGGAAAACCAACUAUCAACAUAAAUAAAGCAAAAAUAAUCCCGUCAACAUUUUUUAAACAUACCUUGCUUGACGUGAAAAUGGUCGAACCUACUGUAACCCUAAACCAAGGAACCCUUCGUGGUUCCACAGCCACGGACCUUCGGGGUAACCCUUUCUUGAAAUUUCAAGGGAUUCCGUACGCCAAACCACCACUGGGUGAACUACGAUUCAAGGCACCUGUCGCUCCCGAACCCUGGACGGGAGUCUUCGAUGCCACUAAAGAGGGAGAAGUGUGCUACCACAGGGACCCGUUGAAACGAGGAGCAAUUUCCGGGGGAGAAAACUGCCUAUUUCUGAACGUUUUCACCAAAAAACUUCCAGCCGAUCAAAACAAGGCUCUACGACCCGUGAUGUUCUGGAUUCAUGGUGGCGCCUUGAUUUUUGGGUCCGGCAAUGGCGAUAUGUACGGACCUGAGUUUCUGAUGACUGAAGAUAUAGUACUGGUCACUAUCAACUACCGCCUAGGGAUUUUAGGGUUUGUCAGCUUCGAAGACCCCUCUUUAGAAAUACCAGGAAACGCAGGCUUCAAAGACCAAGUCAUGGCUUUGCAAUGGGUGCAAACCAACAUCAGCAAGUUUGGUGGGGACCCAAAUAAUGUAACGAUUUUUGGGGAGAGUGCGGGCGGUAUUUCGGUUCACCUUCUGGUACUCUCACCCAUGGCCAAGGGUCUUUUCCACAAAGCGAUAGCUCAGAGUGGUUGCGCUUUGAACCCGGGUGUGGAGGCAAGUACCGGUUGUACUGUUUUGGCAACCACUAUGGGUCUAGACGGAGCAGACGAAAAAACAAUUUAUAACACCUUGAUGGGAAAACAAGUGGAAGAGAUUUUCGAAAUUCAAGAAAAAAUGCUAAAAGAUGUGGUACCUUGUCAACGGAGACCUUUGGGUUGUGUGGUUGAGAAAAACUCGCCUAACCCGUUUUUGGAUGACGAGCCUAGGACUAUUAUGAAGACGGGAAGGUUUAAUAAAGUGCCUUUUAUGCUAGGGUUUACGACUGGGGAAGGGAUGCUCUUUGAUCUUUUUGGUGGAGGGGUUAGUGAUUGUGAAAGCGUGAUACCUUGGUAUUUUGGGUAUGAACAUGGUCAACCAGACACUAAGAUUGUGGGUGAACAAAUUAAGAGGUUUUAUUUUGGGGAUGAGGACCUGUCUCCGACGACUAAAGCCCAGAAAUAUGAUAUGCUUUCAGAUGCCCAUUUUAUAUAUGGAAUGUAUGUGACCAUUUUGACCCAAUAUUCGAAAUCGGACGCCCCCACGUACUUGUAUAGAAUGUCGGUAGAAAGCGAACUAAACAUUCUGAAAAAAGUUCUAAAAAUUGAAGUACCCGGGGUUUGCCACAUUGACGACAUUGGUUACUUGUUUAAGACCUUCAUCACCCCGGAGAUCAAAUCCGGUACUAUUGAAGAGACUUCAGUCAAUCGGUUUGUUAAAUUGUGGACCAAUUUUGCCAAAUUUGGAAACCCAACCCCUAACAAGAAAGAUUCUUUGUUGACGACGGUCUGGAAACCUGUCACUAACGAAAAUCUAGAUUUUUUAGACAUCGGCAGACUUUUAGUGGCCCGAAGAAAUCCCUACGCGGAUAGAAUGAAAUUUUGGAAGAACUUAUUCGCACUCAGUCCAGGUGGCCAGAAAAAGUCGAAGUAAACGUGUCCUUCAGGUUUAUUCUUAGUUCACACGUCAUAGACCUCAUUUGUCACUUUUCUAUUGUAACAAAGUUGCACUCCUAAUACAAGUAAAACAAAAAUAA